GGCGGGUACUGCCAAGGCCAGCGCGUCAAAGCACCAGAAAGGGUGCAUUUCGACUUCAAGCUUCAGCUUCAUCAUCCUCUUAUUCGAUGAUUAUACUAUUGGCUAAUCGUCCCUCCGAGGCGACCCCAAAUAGGGUUCAUAACCCCUAAUGGUUUCUUAAACCCGAGUCGCGCUCUGAGAUAUGCAAGAGGGGCGUCAUUUCGUACAUUUACAUCGCACGCCGAGAACUAAAAGCUGCUGGCUUAGAAAUCGAUUUCGGCGCCCUGCAGACGACCACCAUCUUUCGCAAUAAAGUAUCAUCUCACUUUCCAAGACGCUCGUGCUUUAGAAAUCAAAUGUCAAAAUUCCGGAAUAUAAAAUUGAAUCCAGUUCCAGUCCCCAAGGACUUUCCAUCAUAAACAUUAACUCAGCUUCCCUAUAUUCCUACCUAAGAUGGCUCCAUCAAACAAAGGGCUCCUCAAGAUCGCUCAAGGCAAAAGUCGAUUAGCGGAUAUUCCCAUCCCAGAUGUACCGGAUGAUUCUAUCUUGGUCAAGACAGUAGCUGUGGCUAUAAAUCCUACUGAUUGGCAAACUCUUGACGAAGCUCCAACCCCGGCCUUUACACAUUCGCUUCUCGGUGUCGAUGCAGCUGGUAUCGUCGUCGAAGUAGGGAAGAGUGUCAUCAAGAAUAUCAAGAAAGGAGACAGAGUUGCUGGAUUCUCUCAUGGAGCCAACGACCGCAACCCAGUCACAGGCACAUUCGCCAAUUACAUCCUCAUGAAAGGCGAUCUCACGCUUCGCAUUCCUCCUAACAUGUCGUUCGAAGAUGCAGCCACUACACCUUGUGGUCUCGUAACCGUUGGAUUGGGCUUCUAUCGACACUUAGAGCUCCCGUUCUUGACUUAUCCCGUGGAAUCAAAGACUGCUGGCCCGUUUAUUUUGAUUUAUGGCGGAUCCUCAGCCACAGGCUCGCUUGCGAUUCAGUUCGCGAAAUUAUCUGGUCUUACAGUCAUCACCACUGCAUCUCCACGAAACUUUGAUUUUGUGAAAAGCCUCGGUGCUGAUCACGUCUUUGACUACGUCGGUCCCCUCACAGCCUCCAAAUCAGUUCUCGACUUGCUAACCCAGCUACAGCACAACCCAGAAGUCGGCGCCAAAAUCAACUCCCUAACAGCUAAUACUCUCCACCUCGUCUUUGACACCAUCGCCAUCCCCUCCUCAUCCACCAUCUCCGCACAAGCCCUCUCCACCUCCCCGACCGGCAAACUCCUCUAUGUGACCCUGCUCUCCGUCCCUAUGUCUCGUCCUGAAGUUGAAAACAUCUUCUUUCUUGGUUACACAGCCUCUGGUGAGGAGUUUGACAUGGAAGGUGAGGUGUGGCCUGCUUCAAAAGAGGACAAUUUGCUGGCGAGGAAGUUCGUCGGGCUUUGUGAUAAGCUGUUGAGGGAGGGAAGGAUUAAGACGCAUCCGGUUAGCAAAAGGGACGGCGGACUGGAUGGUAUUCUUGGAGGUAUGAUGGAGAUGAAGGAAGGUAAAAUCAGUGGCCAGAAGCUGGUCUACAGGAUCAGUGAUGACGAGUAAAUGAAUUGACUAGGUCUUGUUGGUGGUUGCAGGUACCCAGGCCUGAUCCUGUGGUUUCAAAAUCAGGACACACAAACGUUUCCCAUCCUUGACUUUAUUUUCAGAAAUCAAAGCCACGAAUCAACCGAGUCUCAUUGCCAUACUUCCAAUCUGCCUAGAUGGACACCAAAUCGUGCUAUGGUCUUCGCUGUUGGUAUCAUCGUCCAACAAUUACAUGUCAACAAAACUUGCAUAUACUAGCGAUUGAUUGUACCAAAUCUCAAUGCAAUGUAUCGUGGUCCUUAUCUGCGGUCAAAGGAAUUUUAUCCAUGGAUCGGCCGGGUCGGAUUGUACGAAGGAACACACAUUCAUUGCAUCGACUCGUAAUAGAAUCCUUCUUCCCUCGCCAAGAAAGAAAGAACAUCGCUUACGGUGUUGCCAUGCCCAUACCACGAAACGACCAAACUGCCGUUGAAAUAUGCUUUCUGACUACAAACAGACCUGCAGUUUCCUAAUCACAUCAGAAAAGUAACAGAAUCCCUCCAGAACAUGAGAUAAUCCUCAAUCUAUCCAUCCAUUCAUUCACUGCAUCCAACACCCCAGUCGCAAGCCGAGCCUCAUAAUCCACGUCUCCUUCUCGGCAAGCAUGCAAUGCAGGUCAGCCAGAUAUCUGUCCAUGUCCACAAGAACGAACACGCCCCGCGGCUAGCGGCUAAUCUACCCACCUAGCUAUUAUUAUGAAUCAUAGAAUCUGGGUAAUAUCCGCGUCGCUCGAAACACCCAGUAAUGAGACCCAGGAGAUGAUUUUCUUGGCUGCUUAUGAAUCACUUUGGCCAUAAGUCUUUGCUGAGCUCUGUGCAGCGGGAGGAAGGGAAGAACACUAUAUCUUCGUCAGCUUACGGUGGGAGAAAUUGUGUUUGGCGGGCCCUAAUAUUGAUAAUUUUGGGAAAGUAUAGUGAGAGUUAAUUUAAGUAUGUUCUUGAUGAAGGCUGUCGUAGUGAUUCUUGCAACGAUGGAAGGAUGACAUGGAGAUUGUAUUUUGAGGGAGGCAGUGGAGGAUGCGUGGCUGGGCCGGGCCUCUUUGUUGUAUUGUUUACUUGUUCGCUUGCCUCUGUUAUUUCUGGAGACACAUGACGGAUGAUGAAGCUGCCGAUAGAGGAUCGUGCGAUAGUUUCUUGACUCGGCUUUGGAGGUGAUAGUAUAUAAAUGAUGGGUUCGUCCCGUUGAAGAGCCAUUCAGUUCAUCA